AUGACAGCCGCCGACAAGCGCAAACAGCGUCACUCUGCCUCCCUCGCCACUCUCGGCCCAGACGACCCCGAAGCUCUCCUCGGCGUCGACUUUGAACCGCGCACCCGGCCGCCAACAGUCGUGACGACGGUUGAACCCGGGUUGGUGGCGCUUCAGCCGGUGCUGGUGCAGGAGGAGAAUGCGGUAGGCGUCGUCAAGGAGGAGAAGAAGCGGGUUGGGAACGGAGAACAGAGGAACUUGGUUGAGAACCAUCAGGCGCACUUGCGGGCGGAUCCGAUUGAGUUCUCGAAGCAGCUAUCGCUCUGGGCGUCGGGAACAGGCUGGCGUUCCUACACCGACUAUAUCGGCGGACGAGUCUUCUACCCUGGCUACUCAGACGACUGCAUGCGCGGCAUUCUGAGCUCGAAGCAGGUCAACAAGCGCAUUCAGGAAGUGACGGAGAAGCGGCUGGCGGGUUUACAGCUUCCUGAAGGUCCGGAGAAGGAGAAGAAGCGAAGACAGAUCCAGGAUGAGCUCAAGAAGGAGGCGAGACGGUUGUCUGAGGGACUGGUGGCGAAGAUGGACAAUGUCAGGUUCUUGCGAGGAUUCGGCGCCCUCGUCAACAACAUUCUCGUUCGGAUGUACCACCAAGGUCUCGAGAUCAGUAUACCCGAGUAUGCGCGCUUCAAGGAGGUCGCGCAGAUGGCAGCGUCGAAGAAGCAGUCGCUGCUGAUCCUGCCUUGCCACAAGUCGCACAUCGACUACCUCACCAUUUCCUGGCUCUUCUUCCGACUCGGCCUCUCCCUCCCACACAUCAUCGCCGGCGAGAAUCUCAACAUGCCCGUCGUCGGUCCGACACUCGCCAAGUGCGGAGCGGUCUUCAUCCGGCGCUCGUUCGGAGAUGACCCGCUGUACUCGACGGUCGUGAAGGAGUACAUCGAGCAGCUGCUCGAGAACGGGAAGAACAUCGAGUGCUUCAUCGAAGGAACGCGCAGCCGGACCGGCAAGCUCCUCCCUCCCAAGCUCGGUAUCCUCAAGUACGUCCUCGAGGCGCUCGAGAACGGCAGGACCGAGGAUGUCUGGGUCUGCCCGAUCUCGCUGCAGUACGACAAGGUCAUCGAGACGGAGUCCUACGUCAACGAGCUGCUGGGCAACCCGAAGGAGAAGGAGACCCUCACCGGCCUCCUCCUCAAUACCCGCGUCGUCCAGCUGCAACUCGGCCGCAUCGACGUACGCUUCCAAAAGCCCUUCUCGCUCCGCGGCUGGCUCGACGAGCAGAAGAAGCGUCGGAGUACAUCGACUACUUCGCCUCUCGGCGGGACGGGCAUCAAGAAUGAUCAGUCGGUCUUGCUGAGAGCGCUCGGGUACGAGGUGUUGGCUGGCAUCAACGACUGCGCUGUGAUCAUGCCGGCAGGACUUGUUGGUACCGUCAUGUUGACGAUCCGUGGUCGCGGCGUCGGCAAGAGCGAGCUGGUCUCGCGUGUUGUCUGGCUGAAGAAGGCGAUCGAGGCGCGAGGCGGCAGGGUCGCAGACUUUGGCGACAUGUCGCCCGAGGAGGUCGUCGAGCGCGCGCUGGAGUUCCUCAAGGACUUGAUCGGCGAGCAGACGGACCUCAUCGAGUCGACCUACUACCCGAUCAGCCGGUUCGAACUCUCGUUCUGGCGCAACCAGACGAUCCACCUCUUCGUCGAAGAAGCAAUGCUCUGCGCCGUCCUCUACACCCGCGUCAAAGCCGGCGGCGCCGCCCCUUCGCAGCGAAUGGAGCGAGCAGAAGUCCUUCGCGAGCUGCACUUCAUCUCGCGCCUCCUCUCGAACGAGUUUGUCUACCCACCGGACGGGCUCGAGGCCAACUCGGACAAGACUAUCGUCGCGCUCGAGGACGACGAGGUCAUCCUCACCGAGGGCGAGCUCAUUGGCCUCAACCCAAAGGAGCGGGCGGCGGGCAGGAACAACUUCGACUUCUUCUGCUUCCUCAUCUGGCCGUUCAUCGAGACUUACUGGCUCGCUGCCGUCUCGCUCUUCGCCCUCGCACCGACAUGCCCGCCUCCUUCCGCCGACGAGCCCGUCGCCUGGUACGCCGAGAAGGCCUUCCAAGCCAGCGCUCAGCUUCUCGCCAAGACGCUCUUCGCGCAAGGAGACGUCAGCUACCUCGAAGCAGUCAACCAGGGCGCGUCGAGCAGUUGUCGAAACCGGAAACGGAGGGAGCUGACACCGACUCUGCCCGCAGCGACGCUUUUCAACGCCUUCCAGCGCAUGGUCGACGUCGGCGUGUUGCUCACCCGCCGCUCGACGUCGAACGCCGCGAACGCCUCUAUCGCCAAGAUCGGCAAGGACGGCAAGCCCAAGCUGCCGAAGAAGCCGGCGUCUGUCCCGCUCAUGGCGCUUCACCCCGACUGGGUACCGCGACGACAAGCGGACGGGACGAUUGCGCCUCAGGGAAGGUUGUGGGAGUUUGUCGACCGGUUGUCCAAGUUCAGGAGGGAAGGCAAGAAUCGCCGCGACAACAAGACUGUCUCCGUUCGUGUCUUCGCCCACUGCUCGACGAUUGCUCCUCAGGUCAUCGAGUACACCGCCUUCCAGAACGACAAGCCUGCGAGCGACUUCUGGGCGGAAAAGCGGCAGGCGGCGCUCUGA